AUGCAAACCAUACAGACAAUAGAGAUGCAGUUACCUGUCCUGAGAGAGAGUUUCCACUCAUCUCCCUUCAGAGAGAGGAGGAAGAGCAGCUUGACAAAUCUCAUCAGGAGACAACAGCAACAGAUAUUACACCAGAAUAUACAUCAGAAGGAACAGCAUUCCUCACCAUCAUCUGGUUGCACUGCACAUGCUCAGUUGUGCCGCUCCUUCAGCAUCCCGUUAUGUGACCUGACAGAGCGAUCAGAUGAAAAAGUCUGUAAAAUAGAGGGAAAGAAAGAGCGAGAGAUUGGGAGGCAGGGGGCGCUGUUUCUCAGGCAGUUCUCUGCUAUAACGUCACAGCUCGCACCAUCACGGCAGCUGCUCCCGGCAGUGGAGAGAAAAAGAGAGGGAUUAGAGAGGGAGGGGGAGAAAGUGCAAGGGAGCACAGAGAGGCAGAGAGGAGAGGAGAGAGAGCAGCAGAGAGAACAUGAAAGUCAGCCCGAGCAGACACAUUCCCAGCAUGGCCUGAUCGCUAAAGGUGUUCGCCUUCUAAGGAACAUGGGAAACCAGGAAGCCAGGCAAAAGAAGCCCACAGCCACUACGGGAGCAGAAGGUGGAGGGAAUUGGACGAGCACUGAGGGCCGAGACCUAGACAAUCUCAAAAAGAUUAAGAAGUCCCAAAGCAAAGCCAGAAAAUUAUCGGGCGACUCAUCGGGCAAGAAGAAAUCCAAAUCAGAGGGCUCUAAAAGCUCUGUAUUCUCCAACAUCCGCAUCCGAAAAGGGCUCUCUCAAAAAGUGUUGUCCAAAGAGGAUGUACUGGAUGGUGGGAUUAGGAUUAAGAGCGUGGAUGCAAACGGCAGCAGUAACAGUGGAUUGUCGGGUGAUGAGUUGGAGGGUCUGACAUUUGACAGUAAGCUGAAGGGAAAGCAAAUAACUGCUGAAAGCAGGCAGUCAAUCCUGGAUACGACAGAGGAAGAUGUUGGGAGAGAGACUGAGGGCUCAGGGUCUGAUACAGAUCUCUACAGCUACCACUCAGCAGCUGAAGCUCAGGAUCUACUGUCUGAUAUCCAGAAGACGAUUAGACAGCAGCAGCAGAUGGGUGGUAUUGAUGAGGGGCCGAAAAGUAGCGAUGGGGACAGGGAAGGACAAGUAAGGUCUGAGGGCCAGGCUGAGGUCACUCUGGGUCUCACAAGUGGAGAUGGGGAGAGGAUUGCUUGUAUGGGUGAACCAGAGAGAGGAACAAGUGUAUCUGUAUCUUAUUGCAAAGAACAUGAUCAUAAAUGUAGUACAGUAGGUACAGAGGUAUGGGUUACUAAAACCACAUUAAAAGUAGGGUCAGUUGGAGAAGUGGCUGGCAUUGCAAACAAGGCUGAACACACAAAUAUCAUCAAUUCACUCAGUGACUACAGCAUCCAGGAUAAUAUCAUUAACACAAGCAGCAUCCUUGAUGGCAUGGUAGCUGUUCCCAAAUCAGCCAGUAAUUACAGUUUUCAGGAUACCAUAGCAACAACAACCACCUCCUAUGACAGUGCCGAGGAUAUUAUGGAGAGUUCAUCACUUUCAUCUCCAUUUGAAGAGUCUCACUGUGGUAAUAGUAGCCUGACCCAAAGCUUAGAGAUUGGGUUGAAUUCAGCCAAUCAGCUCAGUGACUCCAAAGUUGAACCUUUGUCAAAAAUCAGCCGGGUCAUUUUUGUGCCACAGAAGAGCAUUAGUAAUGUAGAGCUGAACAUAGAGCCGUGUGAGGAUGAUGUUGCUAUAGAGGAGGAAGAGCCAGGGUAUUCCCCUCAGAGAAGAAGGAAAAGCAGCUCUGUGUGUAUCUCACAGUGGUCAUCUGAGAACUUUUUAGGUCUUAUGUUACAACCUCGUAGAACUUCCAGUACAAACCUUGGGGUUAAACUGUAUCCUACAAUUAACACGUCCUAUGUUAAAACGACAACCAGACAGCUCACCUCUCCCAUAAUCUCCCCAUGCGCCACUCCCUUACCGAGCCCUAUUUGUCCUCGUAGGGUUGGCCCAGAGAUAGGCUUAGGCCAAGGAUUGCAUAGGGCAGGGAGUUUGAGAGCACAGAGAAAGAGGUCCUGCAGCAUUGCUGGGCCGGUGGGUUGCCAUGACGAGUGGUGUGAAGCCACACACGGUCAGCCGAAGCUUAUUGAAAGAGGCUUCCAGACCACCAGACCCAGGCAAACAUCAUCCAACUUUCCAGAUGUCUUUUCAGGUCAGUCUCUACUGGAGAGGUGUUUUAUGCAGUUUGGUUGUACUGAGGAGGACAGUGGUUCACAGGAAGUUGAAAGAUUCUGUUCUCGUAUUCUGGGUCUGGGGAUUCUACAGCCCUUAAGUGACUGCCUCAGGGAUCCGGCUACAGGAAGUGAUGUCACUGACAAGCCCACCUUUAAUAAAGAGCAGCUGUAUACUUGGGCUCCGAUGGGUCACCAUGAGAUCAGAGCACCUGCACAGCUGCAAACACUGUGGCCUCCAGCCCCUGCUGCAGCACAGGAUGGAUCCACAGGGAAAUCUGGGGUCAUUUUGGAAGGAAAAUCUGUUUCCAUUCAGGAGCUAGAGAGAACAAUUCAAGAAUUACUUGUGAAAAUAUUGCAUAUGGAAAAACAGAGCAAAGUUUUGGACAGUGCAAAGCUUGGAAUGAAGGACCGAGAAGUGGCUAGUUUUAAUCAGUCUAUCAAACAUUCACAGACUCAAGUUAAUGAACAAGUAUUCCAGGAAGUGAAAGCCAUUCAGACCUCACCUAUAGAAGAAGCCUUUAAAUUUCCAGUGCCUUUAUCGCAUCAAUCACGGACUCCCAAAUUAAGUGACAGUGCUACUUCACCAAUGGGACUGCCCUACAUCUGUAGCUGCCAAAGACCACAGCAGGAAGUGCCUCCUCUUACACCUUUGCUACUUCCUGUUGGUUCAAGUUUAUCCUCAACUGUACCCACACCACAGUCACAAUCCAAGCAUUUAGUGCCAUGUGGAUCAAUACCUCCACCUCCACCUCCUCCACCACUCCCUGGUAUGGCUCCACCACCUCCUCCACCGCUCCCAUGUAUGGCCCCACCCACUCCUCCACCACUCCCUGGUAUGGCCCCACCCCCUCCUCCGCCACUCCCUGAUAUGACUCCACCCCCUCCUCCACCACUCCCAGGUAUGGCUCCACCCCCUCCUCCUCCACCUCCUGGCUGUGGACCUCCACCACCUCCUCCUCCACCUGGUUUUGGCCCACAACCACCCUUUAUGGGGUUUUUACCACCAGGCAUGGUUCAGGAAUCUACCCCUCUGAAAGCUCUCAUUGAGCCUCCACAACCCAUGAAACCACUCUACUGGACUCGGAUUCAGCUUCAUGUGAAAAAGGAUGCCAAAAGUGCUCUGGUAUGGGAAAAAGUUGAAGAACCAUCAGUAGACUUUAAUGAAUUUGUGGAGCUGUUUGCCAAAAGAGCAGUCAAGGAAAAGAAGAAACCUAUCUCUGAUACCAUAUCAAAAUCAAAAGCCAAACAGGUUGCCAAGCUACUGAGUAGCAAGCGUUCUCAGGCGGUGGGGAUACUGAUGUCCAGUCUUCAUUUAGACAUGAAGGACAUCCAAAAUGCCAUCUUGAACAUGGACUGCACAGUGGUGGAUCUUGAGACCCUGCAGGCACUGUAUGAAAAUCGAGCUCAGAAAGAAGAGAUGGAUCAGAUUAAGAAACAUAUCAAGUCGUCACAAGACAAAGAGAAUGCAAAACCAUUAGACAAGCCUGAACAGUUUCUACUGCAGCUGUCAGAGGUUCCUCAGUUCUCUGAGAGAGUUUUCUGUAUUCUGUUCCAAUCCAGCUUUACAGAGUGUAUUACAUCACUCCAGCGCAAGCUGGAAACACUGCUGAGAGUCUGUAAGGCUCUACAAUCAGGUCAAGGUGUUCUACAGGUUCUAGGAUUGGUUCUAGCAUUCGGGAACAUUAUGAAUGGGGGCAACCGAAGCAGAGGACAGGCAGAUGGAUUUAGCUUUGACAUCCUGCCCAAGUUAAAAGAUGUCAAGAGCAGUGAUAAUUCUCAGAGCCUCCUGUCCUACAUAGUUGCUUACUAUCUGCGACACUUUGAUGAGGAUGCAGGUAAAGAAACAUGCAUAUACCCGCUUCCAGAGCCUCAGGAUCUGUUUCAAGCUUCGCAGAUGAAGUUUGAAGAUUUUCAACGUGACCUUCGCAAGUUGCGAAAAGAUCUAAAUGCCUGUUCAGCAGAAACAGAGAAAGUGUGUAAUGUCUCAUCUGAGGAGCUCUUGCAACCAUUUAAGGACAAAAUGGAAGAAUGUCUCACUAGAGCCAAGACAGAGCUGGAGCUCCAGGAAAGACAGCUCACUGACACGCAGAGGAUUUUUCUGGAGCUGAGCGUGUUUUUCUCCAUCAAGCCUAAGGCAGGAGAGAAAGAGGUUUCGCCAAACACAUUAUUUUCAGUGUGGCAUGAGUUUUCAUCAGAUUUUAAGGAACUAUGGAAGAGAGAGAAUAAAAGUCUUCUGCAGGGGAGGUUGAAAGCAGCAGAAGAGACUUUCAAACAGGCACGAGAGAAGGCUACUUACAAUGUAAAACCUAAACAUGCAUCGGGAAUAAAAGCAAAACUGGGACAGAAGAUGUGAGUUUCUGCCAUAGACUACCUAAUCCCACAAAGCCCUUUGUGUCCCCUAUUGAUUAUUUUUUAUUGGACAGAUACUUAAGUACAAGUCAAGCCUGGUCAUCAUAUACAACAAUGAGCAUAGCAAUGACAUUAUUAAUAGGUCUGACUUUUUCAGUAAAUUAAUAUGGUCGUAUUUUUCUCUUGUUCUGUGUAAAGACAAUCAAAGUUUAAGCCAUAAAACUAAACAAUGCAAAAAGUUUAAGUGUGUGCUGAACUGUGUUGGGUAAGUUACUCAAAAAGUAAUCCACUACACAUGACUAAUUACUUACUCUAUAAAUUGUUAUCAGAUUACUGACAUUACUGAUUACUUUGUUUUAAAAGUAAUCAUAUUACAUAUUACUUUUAGUUACUUUCUACAAAACAUUUUGGUUUUGUUAUUCUAGUCAAUGAAUUCUAAAUAAUUAUUUAUAUUUACAGUAUGUAUUUACUAUAUACUGUAUAUAUAUAAUCCCCGAACACUUUAUUAGGAACUCUAUGGUCCUAAUAAAGUGCCAGACUUGAUCUUCUGCUGUUGUAGCUCAUCUGCCUCAAGGUUCGAUGUGUUGUGCAUUCUGAGAUUUGCUAUUUUGCUCACUAGUUCCUCUAUUUCAACUGAUGUGUGAGGUGUGUUUAACGUAAUGAUUGGUGAGAAAUGUAUGCAAACAUUAAUACUUAUUUUUUUUUACCAUAAUGCUCUUCUCCAAUUUGAUCUGUUUGAGUUUUGUGUUUAGCAGUUGUCAACAUUGUGCAAUAACCUUAAUAAUUUAGCUCAAUGUAUUUUCAUUUAGAGAACCUGACAGCUUUGUAUUUCAUGGGUGACUAUUGCUGUUGUUUCUGUAUAUUUUUACUGCUACAGUGAUCUGAUACUGCUGACAGUUUGUUACUGUAAAGAAAUUGGCUGCAGCAGCUGUUAUGUGUGUUUCUUCCAUGUGCAGAAAUAUGUAGAAAACAAUUUCAAACAGCUAAGUGGUAGCAUAGCAAACAUUGAAUAACAAAGGAAAUUAUAUAUUUAUUUUUA